AUGAAACCGAUAGCUUUUCUAAUGUCAGGCGUACUUAUGGUCAACGAUACCCGAUUAGCUGCUUUGGGAUUCCUGUCCAACAUUUUGGCCGGUCUAUCAAUCGGAUUGAUUAAUAGUCCAUUGGGACUGUAUAUUAUGUACGCUAUUGGCGGUGCCAGUUGUCUGUGUUGGAUAGGCAUCCGAUCAUUGUUAUCAAAAUUGGUUACCGAAGCCGAAUCGGGUAAAGUUUUCAGUCUAUUGGCUGCACUCGAAACAAUUAUGCCGACAGUUAAUACACUGUUUUGUAAUCUAUCGGAAAUUACAACCAAUCAGUUAAUUCAGGACAAAAUAUGUCUGAAUCGGUAUAACCAGUCAGUUGACUAUUGUGUCGACAUUAGCAAAGUGACAACAACAACAACAGCUACCGGUGCUCAGGCGAUCAAUGCAACCAGUGUUGUCGUUGCCAUCAAAGAUAGCAUAUUGGGUGACCUGGCCCGAUUCAAUAUCUAUACCGUUAAUAUAUCGACAUUGCCGGCCUUUUUUUAUGUACUGUUUAUCGGCUCCUGGACUGAUAGCUAUGUCCAUGGCCGCAAACUGGUACUACUAUUGAGCAGUCUGAGCUAUAUCGGAAUGUUUGCUGGCCUACUGUUCAAUUCAAUAUAUUUUGAUUUAGAUAUCUAUUAUAUAUUAUUGUCAUACAUACCCAGUGCCCUAUCUGGCGGUUGGCCUACAGUAGUGCUAAUCUGUUACAGCUAUAUGUCUAACAAUUCGUCAAAUGAGUACAGAUUUAUCAAAUUUCUUGCCUAUGAAGUGGCUGUCACUACAGCUGAUCCAUUGGGCACCUAUUUGGGCGGUCGACUACUGGGCAAAGGUAAUCAUCAGGCAAUCAAUGGCCAGCAACUGCGCAACUAUAGUCAUGUCUAUACGACUUGUUUGGUUGCAAUUGUUGUCGGGUUUCUAUGGGUUUUGCUAGUAAUCAACGAAAACAGUGUCGAAGUUGGGUAUCAGCUCAUCAACAACGACGGAGAUGGAUGUGGCGAUGGCGGAGACACYGUUAACUCUGUCAUMGAUGAAAAUGGGCCACUAAUGGACAGUGAUUUUCACGAUGAAACCGAUGAGGAAACCUAUGAGAAUAAUAAUAAGUCAAAGAAAAUAGUAAUACAAAAACUGUCGUCUCUGGCGCCGCCACCGUCACCGCCGCCACAUAAAAUGGACACMAAAUUUUCGUUAUCGAAAAUGUUUGAUCUGAACAAUGUCGGCGAUAUGUUUGCCACAGCAUUCAAACAGAGGCCAAACAACGGCCGUACGCUGAUAUGGCUUCUCUAUUUGUGUAUGUGUAUGCAUGUAUCGUCAACUGUAGGCCACUUACAGGUGCUGUUUCCAUAUGUUGAAAAAGUUUACCACUGGGAUGCCCAACAGUUUAGUAAUGUUAAGUCAAUAGCAGCCUUUGCAUUGAUCCUAUUGAUGGCACCGAUAGCUUUUCUGAUGUCAGGCGUGCUUAAGGUCAACGAUACCCGAUUAGCUGCUUUGGGAUUCCUGUCCAACAUUUUGGCCGGUCUAUCAAUCGGAUUGAUUAACAGUCCAGUGGGACUGUAUAUAAUGUACGCUAUUGGCAGUGCCAGCUGUCUGAUUUCAAUAGGCAUACGAUCACCGUUAUCAAAAUUGGCUACCGAAGCCGAAUCGGGUAAAGUUUUCAGUCUAUUGGCUGCACUCGAAACAAUUAUGCCUACAUUGGUUUCCUAG